AUGACCGUCACAAGCAACCAUAUGAAGGGAUACACUAGCAGCAACACCUGGAACAGAAGAUCGUUCACCAGGAGUGCUACUCCGGCGCCGGCUACGUCCAUCCCUGCUGGCGGUGCGUCACCCGAUCGGUUGAUCUCGACUGGAAUGGCUACACACGAUCAAAAUACAGCACUAUUCGGAGAUAACAGGUCCCACUUCCAACAAGAUUCUCCCGAAACACCAACAACGUCCAUGCAAACAAAUAGUUCUGGGCUACUGAUGGACUUCAGCAGCAUAAACAGAGUUCGUGGCGGCUUGAGCACCGCUCCACACGUCGACCCGCUCAGCGCAGCUGUGUCCCACUUCUCAACGCCAGUAAAUGAGUACACCAGCCCUUGGACGGUGGAAUCUUUCUUCAACAACAACAUUCAUGGUGACAGAAAAUCUGCCAUUAUGAAAACAAGCAGUCCGACCAACAAUUCCGUCAGCAACGUCACCAGGAACAGCGACACAGUCAUGACAGGGUACCAGACUUCGCCCCCUUCGCCGUCGUCGCUGGCCAAUGAUACAUGCAACUGCCACUCUGGGGUGACGGAGCUGCUGGUCUCUUUACACGGCGGCGGUCACGAAGACCGGCGGUUGUCGAUAGACGUGCAGUUGGCCAAGCUCAAGCGGUGUAUUUCCUCGGCCGAGUCCUCGAUGGCGUGUUGUCACAGCCAUGGCAAUGGCGAGCCCAUCCAUAUCAUGACCGUCGCCAUGCUAAUUGGAUUUGUUAUCGACGAGUUUGAGAUGCUUGCCUGCGAUCUCCUCUCGCCGGCGCCGCAGAGUCAUCUUUCCCCGGCUGAUACUAGCACUGGCACUGGGGUGACGGGUUCGAGUGUAGCCAACAUUGCCGCCGCACUCGGGGUAAUUACCGGUGCAGAGAGGGCGAGUGGGAGCAGCUUAUUUUCCGGCUCUAACCCGCACAUAUCUGUGGGUGGUCCUGGCGCGAGUAUGUCGCCUUCGAGUCUCAUGGAGCCAUGGCUGUCAUGGGGUAUGCUGGAGCUCGAGGAUGACGAUGAGGUGGGACUCCGGAAGAGGCUAUACUCUUUGUCUUUUCGGAAGCUGGAGAGACUUCUGUCUCAGAUGACGAUGUAUCUGGGGAAUCUACAGGACUCGCAGGCCUAUCUGACGGAACCAUCGCGGCAUAUGGCUUUUGUCAUGGCGUGCAACUACACUCUCUUGUGGUUGGAGAAGAAGGCCGGAGAUGUCAAAAGGCUGCUAUGGGCUUCUGUUGGAGACGGAAUCAUGGACGGACUGCUUGUAUAA